AUAAGCUUCAAGGCCGCAAACUCAAAGAAAUGGACAUCAGAGCCAUCAGAAGAAUACUGUGAUUUAAGAUGUUUCCCCUGUGUACUGCCCAUCAACUCUGAGCACUUUACUCACCUGCUCCAAAACUCAGAGGUUCCAGCUCCAGUGUGUAAUAUAAGAUUCCUUUAUUUUUCUGUCAUGUGUGAUGCUCUUGUUCUACCCGCUCAGUACGGCGUCUCCGGCGUGGGAGGUGGGUGCGUCUCCGGCAUGGGAGGUGGGUGCGCUAACAAGGAGGCUAAAGGCUACAGCCCCUAGCGUCAGUCGCUAGUGCACCUCUUGAGGUUAGGAGAGUGAAGUUUAUACACAUUGCACAACUAUCUAUCAGCUGGCCACCGUUACCCUCACCCCUCUAAACCACACUCCCAUCCGGAUCACAGCACCAUUGUGACACUCCUGUUCUACCCGCUCCGUAUGGGACUUGAACCGGCAUCUCCGGCAUGGGAGGACAUCCUGAGAAGGAUGACUGGGAAAACUCAAACCAGCAAUAUAACAAACAAGAGAGAUCCUCGCUCUCUCAAUUCCAGAGUGUUUAUUGGUAACCUCAACACCACUGUGGUCAAGAAAACUGACAUUGAGCUCAUUUUUGCGAAGUAUGGCAAAAUCACUGGCUGCUCUGUGCAUAAGGGUUAUGCUUUCGUCCAGUAUGCCAGCGAGAGGAACGCUCACUCAGCUGUGGUUGGCGAGAAUGCCAAGGUGCUUGCUGGACAGACCUUGGACAUUAAUAUGGCUGGAGAGCCUCGUCCUUACAGGCCAAUAAUGGGAUCCAAGCAUCCCUUCUCCUUAUACAGUGGCUAUGAAUUUGAUUAUGAUUUCUACAGGGAUGAUUUCUAUAGCAGGAUUAUUAAUAUUCAUGGGCGAUUAGCACCAUCCCCUCCGGCUAUGAUACCUAUCAAGCAUUCCCGUUUGGUCACUCUCGCAACACGCAGAAAGAAAAACUCUUUCCAGCCAAAGAUGCCCACCUGUUCUUCUUAUCUAAGAACUAUUUCGCCAGGUUCCUUAUGCUCUAUGGUGAAAUCUGAUCAGCUCAUGACAAUCAAGCAAGAACUGUCUCAGAUCCAGAUUAAGAUUGACUCCUUACUGGGAAGGCUAGAGAGGAUUGAACAGAAGCAGGUAGCAGAGGCAGUGACAGUGCAGGAAAUUGAAUACAUCAGUAUUCUGUCUCCGCACACACAAAUAAAAAUCGGGGAAAGGGGACAUCUACAACACUUACCUGUGUUUUACUUAGAGGCCCACAGGAAGCAUGAGAAGGCCUAUCAAUCUCUCUAUAGUGAGAGAGCAAAAAACUGGUAUGUGGAGGAAGUGGAUCAGGAGCAUCAGGAAGGUGGGUCUUGGGAAAUUACUGAUGAAGGUGAUGAUGGCUAUGAUGACAAUGUUAACAAUGAUGAACUGAUAGAAAACCACAUAUCUGAUGUAGACAACUAAACAAGGACCAGGAGACCAGCACAACUAUCAAAUGUACUAUUUUUGAAGACAAGUCAGAACUGUUGACCUUUCUGUGUUUUAAUUUUUAAAUUAAACCAUUUUGUAUUUUAUUUUAUUUAUUUAUUUAUUUUAAGAAAACUGACAGUCAGGGACAUGAAGUUGUUGAGACAGAUAUUCAUAUAUGAAAUAUGUUUAAAUGCCACUACAUAAGUCAAGCAAGUGGGGGACAACAUAACUUUGGAUUUCAGCAUCUUAACCUAAUACAUAAAAUAAGUAAUAUAUUUGAUAAAGAAAAAGGAUUGAUGAACUUCGAUGUCAUUGUCAUAGAGGUUUAUAAAUAAAUAGAAAACAUUUUAGGCCUGCAUAAAGCUACUGUAUUUGCGUUUUAUUUUGCUGGACGCCAAAUAACAUGUUUAAAUAAUGCUCAUUUAUUGCACAUUUAUGUAUAAUUCAACUAACAUAAAAUUCAUAGCUAUUCUACAUUUCUAUUUUCUCUUCUAUUUUUUUUCUCUCUCUCUUUUUAAUACAGUUUAUAGCUCAUCUGAAUAGUCUGGUAAUUUUAUUAAUGUGUCAGAGGAAAAAAUGCAAAUAAAACUGGACAGAAAUGUUAACAGAACAGCUUUUGAUAGUGGAUGUUCUUCAAAAUCAAGCAAGCUGCCUGCUUGAUUAAUUGAACAACACACAGUUAUGCUCACUAGGUAGGCAGCUCUCUAAGUUUUGAAAGAAACACAGCCACUUUCUUUU